UAUUUAGUGUAAACUUGUUAAGCACGUAACACGCGAUGGCUCGAUGGGGCGACGAGAAAACUUUAAAUUUUAUUAGUAUGUACCGCGACCAUGAAUGUUUGUGGAAUGUUCGGUCUCCUUUAUAUAAAAACUAAAUUUCUAGGCAACAAGCAUACCAAAGUAUCUUAACCUCUUUGAACGAUAAAUAUAUGGAUUUAAAAAGUCUUAAAAUCAAGAUAAAAAACCUAAGAUCGAUCUACCAUACAGAACUUAAAAAAUUGAGAGAUUCUAAACGUUCGCCCGAUGGUUCGGUGUACAAGUCCAGUUUGUCUUGGUUCGACGAGAUGCAUUCGUUUCUUGGUGAUCUAGCAGAAAACCCCGACACUAGUAGUGAAACAGAACUUCAAGUACCAUCAGCAGAUAACUCCGAACUGCUGAUACAAGACACCAGGCUAUUUACAAAUGAAACAACAUUCCAUUCAAAGUCGCCAUCGUCUACCAGCAUCAGUCACACCGUCACACCAGCAUCAGAUCAGCAUCCCUCGAAACCCAAACAGCGAAAGCUUGCACGAAAAAAACGACACGAGUCGAAUGACAAUUCAAUUCCAAAUGCCAUACAAGAGCUAGAAAACAUAUCUAGAAUCGUAAAUACGCAAACUUUGCACACGGAAGACGAAUUUCAUUACUUCGCUUUGAGUGUAGCAGCACAAUUAAGAAGUCUACCUUUACAUAUUGCGGUGGACACACAGAGCAAAAUACAAAGCAUGCUGUCCGCUGUAAGACUAUCAUAUAUAUUUUCCAAUAAUUCAUCACCAUCAUCACGCAAUCACAAUUCUUCAGACCAACCAUCGUGUUCGGCUCAAGACGGGGACGCACAGGAUGUGUCUGGCGAAUUUGAAAGAAACGAGAUACCGACACCGCAUUUUGAACAAGCUGUUAUUGCAACUAUUAAACAAGAAUCCGAAACAGACUAAUUUUCUUCAUUUUUAGUUUUUAAAUAAAUAAGUAUUGAACCUGA